AUGAAUCGUUUCAGAAAGAACAAGAAGGGGAAGGACACCGUGGAGGAUGUCGAUGCCGUUCCUUCCCCUGUCUCGAUGCCAAACCCCUUCAAGAAGAACAGCAAGAAAGAGGAACCGGAGCCUAAGCCCGAGUUUGACUUGGAAAACGCUCUGCCCUCAACGGACCAGUUCCGGACCAGUCUUCUCAUGCCCAAGCUGUCAGCCCGUUUUAGUAUGCUAAGAGAGCAAGAUGAUCCCACCACCAAGGUUGGAAAAGCCAAUGACGAUAGCGUUCUCUUUCCGAAGCGCGCUUCCCGGUUGAACCUCUUUGGUCACAACCCCAGCCUGUUGUCUGAUAUCGAAGAAGUAUCCUCGAUCAAUGGUAGACCUUCCUUGGCCUUGGGGCGAUCCGAUUCAAAGAGACCGACGGGAGAGGGCAAUAUCCUCUUCGGAGGGCGUCAGAAGGUUUACAAGGUCCCAGCCAAUGCCUCCAGCUCCGAAGGCUUGAGGGGCCGCGCAGUAUAUGAGGAUGAUGUCACUCUCUCGGCCUUCCAGAGACUGAGGCUAAAAGAAAGGGAAGAAAAGCUGGCCGAGGAGACUGCCGACAGUCCGCAGGACUCGACGUCGCCUGAUUUGGAAGAGGGCUCUCCCGCAUUCUCGACCAAGCGGACGACCUCGUCGUCUACUACCUCGGGCAAUUCCAAUCGCCGUACCUCAACCGCGGCCACUUCGAUCGAUGAGCAGUCGAGCACAGGAAGCCAGCAGGCAUCUUCGACCCUGGGCACCAGCAAUAAUACUCCCACGUCCCCUAACAAACCCAGCUGGCCGCCCCCGAACCAUGUAGCCAAGGCUCGUCGCCUUUACGGGCAAGGUAUCGCUCAGGCGGUGCAGGACCAACAAUCCUCCACCUUGAGUCGACUGGAAAGCAUCAGUCGACAACGGGCUGGAGCGGGAACCCCCGAAGUUCCUCGAUUGAACCGCUCGUUCUCGAAGAGCACGACCAACCUUCAAGAGCGGCCGUCACGAAUAUCGCCCGUCCAGGCAGCGCCGGUUUACCAGGGCAACAGUCCUCCGUUGUCUGCGAACUCGCAGAAAUCCAAUGAUGCCCAUCAUCAAGACAGUACGAACGGCACUGCUGGCUCGAAUCCCGGGUACGGUUCGAUGCCUCCGCUGAGUCCCCCGAUGAGCGAAACAGAGGAGGCCGCCACCCUCGCAGCCGCCUUGCACCCCGAUGACAGGGGGAAGGCGACGGCGAUGGGGCUCUUCAAUAAGCCCAGUACCCCGUUUGAUGAGCAGCAGUACAGCCGUCGUCAGCUGCAAAUGCACGAGGGCCGGAACACCCCUCCCUUGCGACGGCGCUCGCCUACCAACAGUGUGGUCCAGCCGGACGGUGUUACCCGGCCAAGGGGCCUCUCGAACACGAGUUAUCGAUCGAAGGCCGAGUCGGUUUCGUCUCGUUACAGCAGUGAAGCUCACCACAACGGUCCCGAUUCCAGGGCGUCGAGCGUGAGGGACCCAUCUCCGACCCGAGCCACGCAUAACAGUUUCUUGAUGAAUCUCAGUGGCAGCGACUCGGAGGGCGACGCGGAUGAUGACGGUCCAGCGAAACAGGGACCGUCCGCCUCAUCCCAGGCACCCGAUGGCAUCCAUCCAGCCUUCCGGUCUCGCCCUGGUUCAAGGGAGUCGAAUUAUUCCCAGCAAUCCGCCCGUGAAGUCCAGGACAUCCCGGAAGUGAGAUAUUCGGACCUUUCUGAUCUGAAUACGAUUGCAGUGAACCAGGCGACGGAUGGUCUGCCAUCCCCCAUCCCGGAAGAGGCUUCGGAUGAGAAGGCCCCCGAUUCCCCCACGCUAGGGCCGUCGGGUCUGGGACUGAGUGGCUUGAUUCGCACUCACCUGCGGCAUGACAGUAAUGUGUCGUCCAUCUAUCCUCCCCCGUCGCCGAGACUCCCAGGCCAGCCGGAUCAACAGCACCCGGAGCCGCCUUCUCAAGAGCCGCACCCCCCUGCGAGCAGCCGUAGCAACGAGUCUGAUGACUCAAUGGGCCAGAAACCGGCGGCUGCCGAAGAGCAUUGUGACCCUGCUCCGGCACCAGCAAUCCAAUCAGCAGCCUCGAGUUUCUCCAUGAGGGCAAAGCAGCUACGCGAUCAGGCUGCUGCCCUUCGCGAACAAAACGAAUCGCGGGCCGGCUCUCGGGCAGAAAACCACGGGCAGUCCUGGCAGGAUGAGCUCAAGCACAUGCACAAGCGAGACGGAAGUACCGAGACACAGAAGGAGCGGGAGGAAUUUGCCAGCGUGCUAGCAGAGCGAAGAAGGCGGGUCGAGGAGAACUUGAGGAACCUGGGGGACAUCGAGAGCCGGUCAAGCAGCCCUGUUCCCGGGCGUCAGACCCCCGAUCUCAGCCAUGGUAAGCCCGGGAACGCAUUUGCCAUGCUCAAGAAUCGGUCUGUCAAGCACAGCCCAAUUGGCAAGCAGGACUCAAAGCAGGACCCUGCUCAACCAAAGGGCUUGAAGAUGUUCGGACUUGGUGGCAGUAGUACGCCGAUGAAUGCGUCUACUCCGUCUCUCGUCUCGAGGGAAGAAGAGCCGGCGCACAGCCUGGGAAAACAUUCCAACUCCAGUGCCCCUCAUAUCGCCUCUAGUCACGGUAUUUCGUCCCGAGUGCGGUCCAGCCGGGAGGAGACUCGAGAAUCCAGUUCAAGUCGAGGUCCUUCUCCGAAUUCCUUUGGCAGUCGCCGAAGAGAUCGGUCCAAUUCCGCGUCUGGACGAUCCAAGAGUCGGACGAGGCCUCGGGACGAUCUGGGAAUGGUCGCAGAGGAUGCAGUCAGCCAAUAUGAGGGUCAUCAGCCAGAAGAUCAUCAACACGGGCCCCGUGGGCCGCCGUCCGUUCCGGCGUCGGCUCGUCCAUCGCUGGAAUCCAACGAUCGGACUAGCUAUGAACGAUCAGCUGGAAGGUACCGGAGCAACAGCCGCGCCGCAGCCCCGGGCUAUUUCGACCUCGACUUCAUUGGCGAGUCUCCCCGGCCUUCUCCCGUGACUCCUUAUGCUGCGAAUACGACGCCGCCAUUGCCAGAGACCGACACAGAACCCUCCCGGCUAUCUCCCUCGUCCACUAUGCUUGCCAGUCUUGCCCAACGUAGCUCAGGAAGCAACGGCCUUCCCAAGAAAACGGUAGACAAGUCGCAGAUAUCGGAACCCACCUUUGUCUCGAGCACUUCGAACGUUCCUACCGUUGGUCUACCCCCGGGGGCCAGCCUCAGCAAUGGCAUGGAAGCGCCUCCCGUCCCUCCAAUGAACCCACGAAGACGUCAAACCACCACACAGACCAUCCUCAAUGCUCUCAAGGGCGACAAAUCUUCUGCAUCGUCCGGCAAGGACAAUGCGGAGGAGCGGAGUACCUUUGAGGAUGACGACGAUGAGAGGCGGUUUUUGUCGCGGCAGAGACUGCGAAAAACGUCCGGUGAUCAUCAACGUUCCGAAGGAGGAAUGAUCUAA